AUGUCAUCAACCAUUUUUGGUGGCAAGCGCAAGCGAGGGAAGGAAGGUGAUGAUGACAAUGAAACUUCUGACGUGGACGAUGAUUUCGUAGAUGAGCUUGAAGCACCUGAUGAGGAUAAUGACUCAGACUCGGAUGUCGCUGACCUUGAGGAUACAGCCAAAGAUGGUUCAAGUAAAGUGGAUUCUUUUAACGGCAAAGGUUUCGAUGCUGCCAGUAUCAUCAAUCUCGACUCCGGGAAACGAACCGAUGUGCUUGCUGAUAAGGAUUUGGUAUCCGCAACACCAAGAAACACUGUCAUGCUUCCACCAGCAAGAUGCUAUAUAAUAUAUCUUUACUUAGUAUUGCGCCUGGAUCUGCUGGGCCGGUUUUGCCGCCAGUGGAUAUCCACCCUACUCACUGGUGGAUAA